AAUGGCAACCAAGCACUCUCUCGUAGUUUAUCAAUGAUGGAGUCCCUUACAGAAAGCGAAAUAGCACAGAUAGUGAGACAACAGAGAGAUGCAGGUGUGCAGAGGCUCAGCUGUCACUUCCUGUGGCCUGAGUUCUGUGAUGAGCGGCGGUGCUUCCACCAGGAGUUUGUGUAUGACGUUGCCAUGUUUGCAGCAGCCCGUGGCCUCUCAUGGCCUAACGUGAUCCGGGCAGCUGUGAUCGCCAAAGGCAUCUUCCCGCAGCUGGACGGUCUCAACGCAGCCAAAAUAUUGUCCUUGCUGAGAGAUGUGCUAUCUGAGUAUUUGCCAAACCUCACCUCUGUCCACCAACAUGAGUUCACCAAAUUCCUCACAGACAUUUGCAUCACCAGGCAGAGGCUUCUCCAGGCGGUGGUGGGUGGAGCUGCUGACAUGUCCAUCGCUCAGCUACACUUGGAGGUGCAGUUGCCGCCUACACCCUGUCCUCUAGCGCAGGGUACAGAUCUGCAUGUGUGGGAGCAUCAGCGUCGACAAGCUGAGCUCGCCUCAGUGUUGCAACAGAAGGAGGAGAAGCUGCAGAGUCUCAGAGAAGGGUCAAGGGUCACUGUGGGGGAGGUUGAUGUUCCUGAAGAUGAGCAACUGGACCAACAGGGUGUUGCAGCGUUGGUUCGUGCAGCAGUGAAGGCAACAGAAGGCCAGAUGCUGGAGAGUCUGAACCAAGAGGCUUCUCUGCUCAGUGACAUCCUGCAGCUGAAACUGCAGCAGGCAGCACUGGCCACCGGAAGGCUCCACUGUCCUGUUCUUUCCAACACAAGUCACACUGACUUACAUUCAAAUGCAAGAAAGGCAAAGCAACACACAGCAAGGACAGGACAGAGAGAGUCUGGGAAUGCAGGAUAAGGCCUAAUAUUUAUGAAAUUGAAUUUUAUACUUGUUAAGGACCUGCAGACGACCUGUUUAAAAGCAUUAAUUGUCAGGUUAAUCGUCAAAUACAACAAGGCAAGACUCCUCAACCUGGUUUAUGACCACGUGCACGCAC